CGGUAGAUGGCGACAGCGGCAAAACCAGAUGUAACUCAGCAACCUCGAAGAAGAGUAUCAAAGAUUGAUUUUCUUCAGCGUUCCAACAACAUGUUCUUCAUCAGAACUGCAACCAUUUUAAAACUUUAAACUUAAACACGAUGGACGAAAAGGGAAAAUAAUGCUUUUACUUCAUAAUUUUACACUUGUGCUCGUCUUCUAACCACUUGAGAGACUUCAGAAGAAACGACGACGUUUCCGGUAAGGGAACAUGGCGUUAGAUCCGACAGCAAGGGAUGAUGGCUCAGAGGCAGCAGAGGGCGCUUCAUGCUUGGGUGCCACCGGAGGAGGAUCCCGUUUGGAUUUGCAGCUCCAGCAGGCCGUUCGGUUAAAGACGGAGGGCAACUCGUUCUACCGGGAGAAAAACAUGCGCGCCGCUAUUGGACGUUAUCACCGCGCUUUGCUCAUUCUCCGUGGCAUGGACUCCGAAGUGAGCUCUGCUCUGCAAGGGUUUGGCGCUCAGGCACCUAAACUGAGUCCAGAGCAGGAGGACCUGCUGAGAUCCACUCAAGUAGACUGCUAUAACAAUUUAGCAGCAUGUUUGCUCCAGCGAGAGGUGGUGGACUAUGCUCGUGUGCUGGAGUACAGUCUGAAAGUGCUUAAGUGGAGGGCAGGUGACAUUAAGGCCCUGUACAGAGCUGGAGUGGCUUCUUUAGAACUGGGUGAUGCUCAGACUGCUCGACAGUACCUUAUACAAGCCAGCAGAGGGACACCUAAUGAUGCCAAUGUAAAGAAACAGCUGCUGCGAGUGGAGGAGAGACUCAGCAGAGACUAUCAGAAAGAGAAGGCCCUCUACAAAGGCAUGUUCAGUAAACAGAAACAAGGGGAAGAGCAGUUGGUAGAGGAGAAGACCCAGAAACCGGUCUAGAUGGACUGAUAGUAUAUAUGACUUAGUAGGCACAGAAGUAAAAGUUUUAUAAACUUAAAACGAGCUUCCAUUUUACUGAAGGAAGUGGGCUCUUUGAAAGUUUUGCCUUGGGGUAUGGAAAAAUUUGCCACAUACGGCAUGUAGUGGGACUAAAUGUCCCAUGCCAGAACUGAAUGUGCAGCUGAAAUCUGGUGGAACAUGGGAGCUUGAAAGAGAACUUUAAUGCACUUAAAAUGCAUCUUAGUCCCUUGAUUGGUAUUGUAUGACUAAUCUGCUGUCAAGCUGUUUUGGUUUUGCAUCCAGUUCCUUCCAGGUGUUUUUUUUACAGAUUUUUUUCCAUUGUACAUCCUAAUAAAUAUUUUUGAAAGAA